AUGGACGUGGCCACAGCGACCAAUCUCCACACGCCACUUGGCGCCGCGGCAUGGGGCGCGGCCCCAGCAUUAAUGGCGCAGCAGUAUGAGCUGGAGGUGGUGGGGGUGCCGACGUAUGGGGGCGCCUACACGCGAUACGACAUCUGUGGGCAUAUCUUUGAGGUGUCGGCUAAAUACGUGAAGCCCAUUCGACCCAUUGGACGUGGGGCGUACGGCAUCGUGUGCUCCGCAGUGGACAUAGAGACGGAGGAGGAGGUGGCGAUCAAGAAGAUCUCAAACGCGUUUGACAAUCGCAUCGAUGCCAAGCGCACCCUCAGAGAGAUCAAGCUGUUGCGGCACUUCGACCACGAGAACGUGGUCGCACUGAGAGACGUAAUCCCUCCGCCUGACCGCUCGAGCUUCAACGAUGUGUAUGUGGUGUAUGAGCUGAUGGACACGGACUUGCAUCAGAUCAUCCAGUCGGGGCAAAUACUAUCGGAGGAGCACUGCCAGUACUUCCUGUACCAGCUAUUGCGCGGGUUAAAAUACAUCCACAGCGCCAGUGUGCUGCAUCGCGACUUAAAGCCCUCCAACCUGCUCCUCAGUGCAAACUGCGACCUCAAGAUAUGCGACUUUGGCCUUGCGAGGUCCGUGCAAGAAGCGCACUUUCUCACCGAGUAUGUGGUAACCAGAUGGUACCGUGCUCCUGAGCUGCUGCUCAACUGCCAGACGUACACAGCAGCCAUCGACGUGUGGUCGGUGGGAUGCAUUUUCAUGGAGCUGCUGAAUCGCGAGCCGCUGUUUCCGGGGAAGGACUAUGUGGAGCAGCUCAGGCUGAUCACCAAGUCUCUGGGUUCCCCAGACGAGUCAGACAUUGAGUUCCUCCAAUCAGACAACGCACGGCGCUACAUCCGCUCGCUGCCUUUCUACCCCAAGCAGCCUCUCGCGCAACGCUACCCGCACCUUCCGCCUGUAGCCAUCGAUUUGAUGUCGAGAAUGCUCACGUUCGAUCCUCUUAAACGCAUCACAGACACUCUUCGCUUGCUGCCCUUCUAUCCCAAGCUGCCCCUUGCACAGCGCUACCCGCACCUACCGCCUGGUGUGAUCGACCGCAUGUCGGGGAUGCUCACAUUCGAUCCUCUCGAGCGCAUCCCAGGUGAGAGUGGACGAGCUGGGCUGCUAAGACACAUGUGCGUGCGUGAAGCCUUGAGCCAUUCCCUUCCUCUAACCAUCUCCCGCCUUCCCUCCUUCCCCAUCGCUCUUCUUCCAGUGGAGGAGGCACUGUGCCAUCCCUAUCUCACCGCUCUCCAUAACAUAAACGACGAGCCGGCAUGCAAUGAGCCCUUGCCCUCCACUAAGCCUCCUUCCCCCCUCCCUCAGAUUCCCAUUCCUUCAGUGGAAGAGGCACUGUGCCACCCCCAUCUAGCCACACUGCACGGCAUCAACGACGAGCCGGCAUUGGAAGAGGCACUGUGCCAUCCGUACCUCGCCACACUACACGACAUAAACGACGAGCCAGCGUGUGACGAGCCCUUCCACUUCCUCCAAUUCUUUCAUGCUUCUUUCCCCGCCUUCCCUGCCACUCCCCCAGUGGAAGAAGCAUUGUGUCACCCUUACCUCGCAACACUGCACGGCAGCAACGACGAGCCGACGUGUGACUAG